UCAUAUUGUAUUACAGGUUAAAUUAAAUUGCGUAUUGAAUACAAACAAGCUGUAGAAGUUGGAAAAUCUCUGUCCGAGUUGGAAAAAAAAAAAAAACAAUGGGUCAUUUUCACAAGGGAGUUGACCGGAUUCAUUUUAGUCUGAGAAUCACUAACUUGUUUGGUUUGAUCAUUUGUUUAAUUAGAGGACUUGGUUUGUGGGUCAACUGAAAAACCAAUGUCCAUAGGAACCAACAUCAUCUUAGGCUCCGGACAGUUAGGCUGUUGUCUUCAAGAAUUCUCAAGCUCGCAGCUUGUUCUAAUUAACUGAAUAUAACUGUGUCAAGAAAUUGACAUCAAGAUGUGUAUCAUAUAUAAAAUUCCUAACAAAACCAGUAGAUGAACUUGUUUUAAGCCUCUUCACAACUCAUAUUUUGUACAAUUUCUGUGUCUUCAUAUUGGAGCUCUGCAUCCAACUGUCUUCUGCCGGAAGAAACAUGAUUUUCAACAAGUAUAUGUGCCUCGUUCUCUCGGCUGUUUCGUUUAUACUUAAAAUUCCUCAUGCAGCUGCUUAUGACCCAUUGGAUCCGAAUGGGAACAUUACAUUGAAAUGGGAUGUCAAAUCCUGGACUUCCGAUGGUUAUGUGGCAGUUGUGACGAUGAACAACUUUCAAAUGUACCGGCACAUCAUGAGCCCUGGCUGGACCUUAGGAUGGGUAUGGGCAAAGAAAGAGGUGAUCUGGUCCAUGGUUGGAGCACAAGCCGUUGACCAAGGAGACUGUACCAAGUUUAAAGGAAACAUACCACAUUGUUGUAAGAAAAAUCCUACAGUUGUUGACUUGCUCCCUGGUGUCCCCUACAACCAACAGAUUGCCAAUUGCUGCAAAGCUGGUGUUGUGGCAUCAUGGGGUCAAGACCCUUCAGCUGCUGUGUCUUCCUUCCAGCUGAGUGUUGGGCGCUCUGGAACUUCCAACAAAACCGUCAGACUACCAAAGAAUUUCACUUUGCUUGGUCCAGGACCAGGCUACACUUGCAGCCAAGCAAAGAUUGUGCGAUCUACAGUUUUCAACUCACCUGAUGGUCGUCGAAAAACUCAAGCGCUGAUGACUUGGAAUGUGAUAUGUACUUACUCACAGUUGCUGGCGUCUCGCUACCCAACCUGUUGUGUCUCUAUGUCAUCAUUUUACAACUCUACAAUCACUCCUUGUCCAACUUGUGCCUGUGGUUGCCGAGACAAAAAGAAAUGCAUUGUGAGUGAUUCAAAGUUGUCGAGUGUUGUGGGAAUACACACACCAACAAAGGAUAACACCCCGCUGCUUCAGUGCACACAACAUAUGUGCCCAAUUCGGGUACAUUGGCAUGUGAAAACAAACUACAAGCAGUAUUGGCGUGUGAAGAUUACCAUAACUAAUUUCAACCAUCGGUUGAAUUACACGCAGUGGACGCUUGUGGUUGAACAUCCAAAUCUCAACCAUAUUACGGAAGUUUUUAGCUUUGUCUACAAGCCCCUGACCCCAUAUCAAUCCAAGAAUGACACUGGUUUGUUUUACGGCAUAAAAUUCUACAACGACCUCCUAAAAGAAGCUGGGCCAGAGGGAAAUGUACAAUCAGAGUUGAUUCUUGAGAAGAAUGCAAACACAUUCACAUUCAAGGAGGGUUGGGGUUUCCCUCGUAAGGUCUAUUUCAAUGGGGAUGAAUGCAUGAUGCCCCAACCUGAUGAAUUCCCAGGUCUACCAAAUGCUGCCCAUACAAAUCUAAUUACAGUACCAAAAUUGGCUCUCUCUUGGCUUCUGAUGUUUCUGGCUCUUCACUGAUCAUUUAACAGAAGAUUGGAACAGGAGCGAUGCCAUAUGAACAUCAAAACACUUAUUAUAAGGUUCUUGUGGUGGGUUAAUGAAGUUGAUGUGAGUAUGCAAGUGUUAUAUAUAAAUUGCUUGAACCUGUGUAUAAAAGAAACCAAUUCCUUGCCUGAUAAGGUAGAGAAGGCCCAAAAACAAAACCAAACUAUAUGCCUUUCUUCUUCACAUAUUUCUAAUCAUUCCCUGGUAUUGCUA